AUGUCCGGAGCAGCCUGGCUGCCUCUGGCCCGCGCUGCGGCCGUGGGCUGGAUGCCGGUGUCCGGUGGUUCGAUGCGCCCCCCGGAGCAGCGGCGCGGCCCCGCGGGACUCCUCGUGCUGAACGUGAGCGGCUGCCGGUUCCAGGCGUCCCGGGAGUCGCUGGCCCGAUACCCGGACACGCUGCUGGGCAGCCCGGAGCGGGACUUCUUCUUCCUGCGGGACAGGAACGAGUUCUUCUUCGACCGGGACCCGGAGCUGUUCCGGGCCGUGCUGGGCUACUACCGGAGCGGCCGCGUGCACUACCCGCGGGACGCGUGCGUGUGCGCGUUCGACGCGGAGCUGCGCUUCUUCCGCAUCGCGCCGGACAGCCUGGCGGACUGCUGCUGCGAGGAGCACCGGGACCGGGACCGGGAGCAGCAGGAGCGGCUGCAGGACGACCGGGACCACCGGGAGGACCGGGACCGGGAGGACCGGGAGGACCGGGAGCGGCUGUGGUGCGCGUUCGAGAACCCGCACAGCUCCACGGCCGCGCUGGUGCUGUACUACGUCACCGGCUUCUUCAUCGCCGUGUCCGUGCUGGCCAACGUGCUGGAGACCGUGCCGUGCGGGGAGCGGCACGCGCACGCCUUCUUCUGCCUGGACAGCGCGUGCGUGCUGCUGUUCUCCGGGGAGUACCUGCUCAGGCUGCUCGCGGCACCGAGCCCGGCCCGCUUCCUCCGGAGCGCCAUGAGCCUCGUGGACGUGCUGGCCAUCCUGCCCUACUACGUGGGGCUGCUGAUGGAGGGCGAUGACGUCAGCGGCGCCUUCGUCACGCUGCGCGUCUUCAGGGUCUUCAGGAUCUUCAAGUUCUCGCGUCACUCGGCGGGGCUGCGCGUGCUGGGCUGCACGCUGCGCAGCUGCGCGUCGGAGCUGGGCUUCCUGCUCUUCAGCCUCACCAUGGCCGUCAUCGUCUUCGCCACCGUCAUGUUCUACGCAGAGAAGGGCUCCAGCGCCAGCAAGUUCACCAGCAUCCCGGCGGCCUCCUGGUACACCAUCGUCACCAUGACCACGCUGGGAUAUGGCGACAUGGUUCCAAAGACCAUCAUGGGGAAGAUCUUUGGCUCGAUCUGCUCUCUGAGCGGCGUGUUGGUCAUCGCUCUGCCGGUUCCCGUCAUCGUCUCUAACUUCAGCCGGAUCUACCACCAGAGCCAGAGGUCCGAGAAGAGACGAGCCCAGAAGGCGUCCAAGGAAGCAGGACAGGCGCUGGUGUGUAAGGCCAACCCGACCUUUGACAUCCAGCACAACCACCUUCUGCACUGUCUGGAGAAGACCACGAACCACGAGUUCGUGGAUGAGAAGACGUACGAGACGAGCGGCAGGGAGGUCACUCUGGUGAAGCAGCUGUCUCACUCUUCAUCCAUCUCUUCCUCGCCCAACGGCUUCACUUCCUGCUGCGCCCGCAGGAAGAGGAAGACCUUCCACGUCCCAAACUCCAACAUGUCGGUGGGUCUGCAUGGCAGCGUCCAGGAGCUGAGCACCAUCCAGGUCAAAGAGAGACCGUUCACCAACAGUCGUUCCAGUCGAUCCAGUCUGAACGCUAAAUUUGAGGAGACGGUUCAUCUGAACUGUGACCAGCGGUACAUCACCGCCGCCGUCGUCAGCAUGCCGACGCCGCCCGGCACCAGGCGCGAAGGCAACGCGACCUCCGGCUCCAUCGACUACUCCCAGGCCAACAUCAUCAGGGUGUCCGCGCUCUAGAUCAUAACGUCCACCACGGAAACACAACCCGACCAGCAGGAGGACGACGGCGGUCAGUCAUCAGGGUCGGAGGUCGACGCUCCACCACAGACUCAGAGGACGGGGUUUGGACCACGUGUCCACGAUGGAAGUGACGGGUUAGCGACCGUCUCCUGGAGGAAAACGUCACUCUGUACGCACUAAAACUCAGCUAACCCCGCCGCGGAUCGCUUUUGUUUUUCUUUUGACUUCUAGAAAGGAUUUCUAUUCCAGCAGCCGAACAUCUGAGAGGAGGAAAUAAAAUGGUAGCACUUUGGCUGACGAUUGACCUCUAUACCAGAGACAUUUAAAUCCUCACCACUGCUGUUUUUACAAUCCUGUAUGUCUUUUAAUGGUAUGUCCUAAAACACAAAGAAGGCUGAUGCUAACAUAGUUUUUUAAAUGUAGUGUAAAGGAAAUGUAUGACAUUUUGGGAAGAACACUGUUAACCGUGUAACCAGAGUUACAUGAGAGAAUAUCUAGUUUCAGAUGCACAUAGUGUAGCUUAGCACAAACACUGGAAGCAGCAGGGGGAAAUUGUUAGCCUAGCUUAGCACAAACACUGGAAGCAGGGGGAAACUGUUAGCCUAGCUUAGCACAAACACUGGAAGCAGGGGGAAACUGUUAGCCUAGCUCCAUCAAACGAGAAAAACACCUUUCAACAACUGAUUUACAAGUUGUAUCUCAUUAGCUAACAUGCUAGUCACAAUCCAUUAAACAGUUAUAUACUGAACUAGCUGGACCGUAAAGCUAACUUCAUUCAUGGCUUUGUCACGUUACAUGUUAUAAAUGUCUUGUAUUAUAGAAAAAGAUCUGUAGUUACUGUAAUGACU